AUGGAGGUGGAAGCGGAGGCAGAAACGGAUACGGAGGAUAAAGCGGAAAGAAAGCCUGAGUUAAGCUCAGAUUCGUUACAGGGUGGAAUUUACGAGUUAGGAAUCAGUGGGAAUGUUGUGAUCAUUAAGAAUUCACUUCCAGACCUUCCUUAUACCAAUAGUCGGGAUCGAUACUGCAAUGGCGAUGACAUCGAUGCUCUUGGAGACAGAUUAAUAUGGGCCUUUGACCGACUUACAGGAAGGCAAAUUAAAAGGAGCAAUGAUUCGGCGUCCAAUGGUGAGAAUAUAGAAUGUAUGCUGUAUGUUUGCCAGUUACGUAAAUUCGAUAUCGAGUCAUUGGGAAUGGUUAUAUUGGCGGCUAUAAUGGCCCUUAUGUCGAUGGCAGCGGCGGGAGGUAGAGGCCGAUAUGGUGGCGGCGGUGGAGGAGGUGGUGGCGGUGGCGGAGGUGGUAGCGGAGGUGGCAGUGGAGGCGGAGGCCAUGGAGGUGGCGGGUUCGGAGGAGGUGGAUUUGGCGGUAGUAGCGGCGGCGGCGGCGGCGGUGGAUACGGCGGAGGCAGCGGAGGAGGAAGCGGCGGUAGCAGCGUAGUUUCUGGAAUUUUUGUUGGCAGUGGAACUCUCUCGAUGGAGGAAGUGGAGGCAGUUUUGGAGGUAGUCAUGGAGGCGGAAGCGGAGGUGGAAGCGGAGGCGGAAGCGGAGGCAGCAGCGGAUACGGAGGAUAAAGCGGAAAAGUAA